AUCCAUUUGGUUGCCAUGGAUUCAUCACAAUGUCUUCCAACAGCGAGUUUGAAAUCGGUCUACAAUCCAUGAGCACAGAUCUGGAGAUUUUCAUUGACGAACGUUGUUCGCCCGGGAUUCAGCUGGUAGAAGACAAUUGGAGCACUGUGACCACCACCACCAUCAGCAGCCACUGCAGCAGCCGUGACUUUGCCAUGAGCCCCAGGUCUGGCAAUGAGCUACCCACCAGCUGCCCGGACCUGGAGCGGGUUUUCAGCACCUCCACCUCGCUCUCCCCCAACCCCUCCUCCGGGGGCUUCUCAUUCAACGACGGUGUCGCAGAGAAGAGCCAAUCAGAGACGAGGACUUCAGCGAGGAGUAAGAUUGUUCUAGAAAAAGACUGCACCAUCACGGCAUCGGCCUCCAUCAGUUCUUCUUCCUUCUCCUCCAACUCCAACCCCACCUCUAAAGACGGAGCAACAGAAGCUGGCAGCAGCUCAAAUAACUGUGCCAAGUGUGGUAAAAACAAUACAAAUAAUUCCAGCACCGGCAGUGGAGGCAGCUAUAAUGGUGUCAGCACGAACGACAAGCCCUGUUUUUGCAAAAGCUGCUACAGCAAAGUUAAUACAUGGGCAACCAGCACUGCCAACAAGACGGCGAAGAACAACGAGAGCGCCCUGCCGAGAAAUGAUUCCACAAAAGAUUUAGCAGCCAAGGAGGACAGUAGGCUACAAAAUCCUUCUCCACACAACCCUGAUACAGAAAUUGCAGCUGCAGCACAAGCAGCAGCAGCAGCAGCGUCAGCAGAAACACCACCAGCAGUGACGGCAGCCGCUGGACCAAUCACGGGAGGCGUUGUCUCUCCCAGAAGCCCAUCCUCAAAGUCCCCGCCCAUGUACUCCAAGCUCCCGCCCGGUAACCCCUCUAGGAGAACGUCGGCCUCUGCCCAAGCGGAAAACAACCAGGGCAUCUCACCGGAGGGACUCAGAAGGAGGCUCGCUUUCCAACAAUCGAAAAGUAAAAGACAGACAACUUAAGCAGUGUCAUUAUUUUUGUAACGAGUUCGUGGCCUUAUUCGCAAUAGGCAUGGGUUUGAUUCCCGUGUGGUGAAAAUCAUUUCUCGGGUGCUCCCCGACGUUCUGACUUGUAUUGGCCCAGAUAGGUAGCAUCAAAGCAGGCAGCCUCCCCAAACGACUAUGUAGCCCACGUUGUCUACCGGCAAAAACAAAAACAAAACCAAGAACGAAUUGAUAGAAAUCGUGGUGUUAGACAAAUGCGUGUAACUUGACAAGUUUUCACACAGACAUGGGACAGAAACUGAGUGAUACUGUGGACUCUGCAAAUUGUGAAACCUGGACUUUUAUGAAUAACACACUAUAUUUUAAUGGACUUUCUCGCAGAAAUAUGGUAUUAAGUAGAGUUGUGAAUGGCAAAAAUUCAAAGUAAUAAACUUUGAUAAACCCAAAGAGGACCGGUACCAUUACAUUCAAAAUGGCGUCGUGAGUCUCCGUGUGGGUUGUGACAAUGUGAUUGGUGGAGUAGUAAACUGCGCAAACCGAAGGAUAGAUCUAAUACAUCAGUACUCAGAAGAAAGCGGAUUCGACCUUAUACAGUCUGUGAAGUGAUAUUAUUGUUAUUCUUGUUAUUCUUAUUCCUAUUCUUAUAAUGAAGAUAGUGAUUUUAUAA